GUAACUAUUUAUGCUCGCGCGUGGUGGUACUAGUUGCAGUCUUCUCCUGAACAGAGGUGUCGCAACUGAGGAAAGGCUACCGACUUGGCUAUUUCUACGGACUAUAAGAAGAGGAAACAUGUAAACAAUGGCAGAACUGGCAGCAGCAUUGAUGUCAAUGUCAACAGUGGAUAAGAUGAUAUUGAAGUCAAUGAAUGAGGAAUAACAGCUGCUUUUGAGCCUGCAUGCAAAGAAACGAAGGAAAAGAAGGUGGAAUGUUCAUCCUUUGAAUAACGCCAGACAUAAAUAUGAUUCCAGACGGAAGAGAAAUCACUUUCUCCAGCUGUACAGUUCACGGACACAUGCUGGCUCAUCCCACCUCUGCCAUGUGAUUUUCAUUACAGCAACUUGGGGAAGAGUUCGACUGUGGAAGCCUCAAGUGCGGCAAGGGAAAAAAUACAUGAAGAAUCAAGGAAAAGGCAACACUGCUGUCAGCAUCCCCCUCUCUUCCCCACCAGGGAGCAGCAGUGUGCAAGUCUACCAUGACUACCAGAGUGUGGCUUUUAAGAUGUAUCCUGGGAAUGGUCAUGCUUUAGAAAAUGGCUCUCACACCAGGAGAGACGGAGAUGGUAACGGCAAGAUGUCCUCUGUUCCAGACAUCAUAUCUGACAGCCAGGACCCGAUGUUCAGGUACAGCAUGAGAGACGACAGCGUUGAAAGGAACUCAGCAUCGAUGAUUGAUUCGAGCAGCCAGGCCUAUUCAGGGCCAGAGGACAACUCCACAGACCCACAUGAGGCCCUGACAGAGACUUCAACUCUGACCUUUGUGGAUGUCCACACCAUGGAUGAAUCAGCAGAGAACCACAGUCUCCACGGUGUGGCGAUGGUUUACCUCAAGGAGUUUGUGCUGAUAGAUGAUGAUGAUGAUGGAGACAUGUCGCUAAGAGAGAAAACAGUGACAGACUUGUCCGUCAUGGAUGGAAAAGCUGCUGACCUGGUGUGCGGGAGGCUGUUGUCCACCUCUAGUGGCUCGGUGUCAGAGUGUAAGGAGGAAUCUCCGGCUCCUGAAGCACCUCCGCCUGGGGAAGUUGAGACUGCACGUGGAAAGAAACGCUGCUGUUUCUGCACUGUUUUAUGACAAAGCAGCAGUUUGUUGUGUCCAAGAUCAGGACUGUAAAGCUGUCCCUGACUCUUUUCUGAUCACUCUGGCAAACUUUUGCUACAUACUACUGGGUUUAUGCUGUAUGUGUGUUCCUGUUGAAAUGCAGAGCACAUUUACAGGCAUGGCACUUACAUACUUUAGUGUGAUUUUGUUUUCAGAUGUUUUCUUUUACUCACAUUUUCUGGCACUGAUUUUACAGAGCCAUUACUAUAAAUUAAGAAACAGCAUUCAAACAGCAAACAUAUUUUUUGUUUAUCUCAAAUGUCAGCAACUAAUGUGUUUUUGUACCACUCAUUAUUUACCUAAUUAUGAAAUGUGUAAGAGCCGUAAUGCUUUCUGUGUGAUUUACAUUGAUUAAUCAUAAUCAUUAAUCAUUUUUAAGUUUAACAAACAUACCUCUGAAGUCUAGUAUAAAAUUGUGAUACUAAAAAAUGCAUGUUCCAGUAAUAUUUGAUAUUAAUAACAGACUUUGUGAUAGCUACACGGGUCUACAAAAAUCAGGUGCUAACAACAAAUAAAGA